CUUCGCUCCUCGCCGCCCCUGCUCUCCGGCUCGUUUGUUGUACUUUGCCGCUUUCCACCCCCUCCCCUCGCGCCCGAUGAGCGGCCGUGAAAAAUGGUCCCGCUGUCCUUCUCCUUGCUGAAGGACGCGGCGCUGGUGCUGCUUCUCCAUGCGGUCCUGGCCCUGCUGGGGGACUACCUCUUCUCCGAGCGCCUCUUCAAGGGGUACUCCUUCUCUAGCCUCACAUCGUCCCCGAGCGCCGGCGGCAGCCAGAGGAGCCCGACCGGGUGGGCUCUGUCCCGCCGGUGGAGGUCCACCUCAUCGGGGCCGCCGCUGCGCGGGACCCUCGGCGACGACGGCCACGCCAGCGGCCCACCAAGCGACGCGGCUCCUCGUGGCCUCCGGGGAACACUCGGCUCGCUGGGCCGUGGGCGACUUGUGCGCCCUCUUCUUGCGCUGUUCCUGGAUCCCCAUGCGACCGGGCUCCGGGUACGGGCCCUCUUCCUCGGAUCCUUCGUAUUCAGCGGCAUGCUCCUGUGUCUGAUCAUCCUGGAGCUGGCGCAAGCUGGCGAUCCUUGGUUCCGCAAGCGUGUUUGGCAAUUCGAGCUUCUCGCCACAUCCAUCCUCUCGUCGGUAGUCAUUCCGGGCUUUCAAAUCUUUCUGAUUGUUCGAAGCCCCGGGCAAGCACCUUCCAUGUUUCGGAUUCUAUGUGGCACCGUGGCCUAUUGCAUGUAUCUGAUCGGCUUCUUUCUGAUCGGCUUCUGGUUCCCCAUUUCCACCUCUUUCAAUAUCUUCUCCAUUGAGGCCCUCUUCGGCCGGGUGGCCAUCAUUGGCAUCACCCUGUCGGCCCUGCUGGCCGGCUAUGGUGCCGUCAACGGCCCGUACUCCAACAUGACGCGCUUCAUUGGUGCCCGCUCGGUCGACAUCAGUACCAUCAGACAUCAGGAGGCCCAGCUCCGGCUGUUCGUCCGGCAGCUGUAUGCCCAGCGCUUGCGCCUGGCCACUCUGGAGAACCGGUAUGCCGAGCUCCAGGCCGGGCGGCGCCUCUCUUCCGGCGGUGGCCCUCCCGAGGCGGCCAGUCUUUCCGCUCACGGCCAAGCCCUUCGAGACAAAGGCGCCCCCAUGAGCGAUACCAUGUCUGUCGGGCUACGUUCGGCGCAAUCGUUCUUUUCGGCCCUUUUCCCCGACGUCGCACCGGUCGAAGCCGCUCCCUCCGGCGCCAAGGCAGCGGCCAACCUGCUUGCCAACAUCCACGAGCUUGAGGGCAACAUCGCCGCCCUGGAGCUUGUGCAGAGCCGUCACUUUUCGACUCUCAGCGCCAUUCGCAAUGCCUUCAACCGCCGGGCCUUCAGCCAGACUCUACAUGGAAGGUAUUUGGACGCCCUUGGCCAUGUCCUUUCCUUCUACGGUGCCUACCGCCUUCUCAUGAGCGUGAUAAAUGUCCUGUCUGCCGCGGCAGCCGGCGGUGGGGGCAUCGGCGAUAGCGGCGCAGGCCCCCGCGCCGGGCCCCACAUUGACCCGGUGUCGCGCGCCCUCGGCCUGGUCAGUCAGUACCUUGGCGCCGAGCAGGCCACCGCCCUCUCGCUGAAUGCCCUUGGGGUGCACAUUUCCUUCCUGCUGAUUGGCAUCCUGGUGUUCACCAAUGUCCGGGGGUUCCUCUUCCACUUCAUCAAGCUCUUCCACUCGCUGUCGACCUCACAGUCGGGUGCGCACCUGGCUCUGCUGAUGGCCCAGCUCCAGGGUGCUUACGCGUGUGCCUGUGUUCUCCAACUUCGGGGGAACCUCCCGGACGCGGCACACUCGGCGGUGACCGCCGUGCUUGGUGGUGCUCGGCUGGCCUUCCGGGUGUUCACGCACUGGUUUGACCUUGUCUUCCUGAUGGCCGCCUGUCUUACCGGUGUGGCAGCCAUCCUGAGCUUCGUGCGCCAGCGCCAUGCCGAGGCCGCUGUGGCCGCGGACGAAGCAAAUGUUUGGGGAAGUGUGGUCAUCCCCCCUGCCCGAUCGGAAGCCAUGAUGCGUCUCUGAUGCGCGGCAUUCAUUCCACAUCCAUAUACCUUUAGAUUCCUCUUUCCA